CGCACCUCGGUCGACAGCGAUCUCCUCGCGACCUGUCACAUCUGGCACGUGAGCUAGGAUGUCGACACGACGGGUUAUGUAACGCGGCACAGGACACCGUGGUUCAUGUUUGGGGCAGGGGAUACGCGCGCUCAUGUGCGGAUUAAGUUUUAAGACCAGAAAUAGCCCUUCGCAGAAGACCUCCCUCCGAUGGGGCGACAGCUGCACCAGGCCUAACAUUUACGCCUCGCUAGGGACGUCCAUAUAAGUUAUACCGGAACGCGAGUGACAUAACGAUAGUGUAUUUAGAUUAUAUAUUUUAUGAUGGAUUGUUAUAACACAUUUUAAUUCGGACUCUACUCGCUAAACAAAGGUGCGCGAAGGCGAGGUGAAGUUUGAAGGGCUUUUCGUAUCAAGACAACGAAAAUGAUUAAUAUAGCGGGCGUGAUCUCCAUCAUCAUAUUCUACGUGCUCAUCUUAGCCGUAGGGAUAUGGGCGGGACGUAAGAAACCAGCGGGCAACGACUCCGAAGAGGAGGUCAUGCUGGCUGGAAGAUCCAUUGGACUCUUCGUGGGUAUUUUCACUAUGACAGCGACGUGGGUGGGCGGUGGCUACAUCAAUGGCACCGCGGAGGCGAUCUACACCUCCGGCUUGGUCUGGUGCCAGGCACCCUUCGGGUAUGCUCUCUCGCUAGUGUUUGGCGGUAUAUUCUUCGCCAAUCCGAUGCGCAAGCAGGGCUACGUGACCAUGCUGGAUCCGCUGCAGGACUCCUUCGGUAGCCGCAUGGGAGGUCUGCUGUUCCUGCCCGCGCUCUGCGGUGAAGUGUUUUGGGCGGCUGGCAUCCUGGCGGCACUGGGAGCUACUCUGGCCGUGAUUAUCGACAUGGAUCACCGUACCUCCGUGAUCUUCAGCGCGUGCGUCGCCGUUUUCUACACACUAUUCGGUGGUUUAUACUCUGUGGCCUACACGGACGUCAUCCAGCUGUUCUGCAUCUUCAUCGGUCUCUGGAUGUGCAUUCCCUUCGCCUGGGCCAACGAGCACGUCAAACCACUCAGUUCCAUGGAAGUGGAUUGGAUCGGGAAGAUCGACCCAGAGUACUACUGGUUUUACGUCGAUUACGGUCUUCUGUUAAUUUUCGGAGGGAUUCCGUGGCAGGUGUACUUCCAACGCGUGCUGAGUAGCAAGACCGCGGGUCGCGCGCAAGUGCUGUCGUACGUCGCAGCCAUCGGCUGCAUCUUUAUGGCCAUUCCGCCUGUGCUCAUCGGAGCCAUCGCCAAGGGCACCGCUUGGAACGAGACGGACUACCGCGGUGCUUUGACUCCGGAAGGUGAACUGACCUCUGAACAGACCUCCAUGAUUCUACCGCUGGUACUGCAGCAUCUCACUCCAGACUUCGUCUCGUUCUUUGGGCUGGGGGCUGUGUCCGCCGCUGUCAUGUCGUCGGCUGAUUCCAGCGUACUGAGCGCUUCGUCGAUGUUCGCCAGGAACGUAUACAAGCUAAUCUUUCGUCAAAACGCAUCGGAAAUGGAAAUCAUUUGGGUGAUGCGCGUGGCCAUUCUGGUGGUGGGCGUACUAUCCACCAUCAUGGCGCUCACCAUACCCUCCAUAUACGGACUGUGGUCGAUGUGCUCCGACCUGGUGUACGUGAUCCUGUUCCCACAACUCCUGAUGGUGGUGCACUUCAAGAAGUACUGCAACACGUACGGGUCGCUGGCUGCCUAUAUCAUGGCGUUACUGGUGCGAUUGUCUGGUGGGGAGAAGUUGCUGGGUUUGCCGGCCCUCAUCCACUACCCUGGCUGGGAUGACGAGAAUGAGGUGCAGCUAUUUCCCUUCAGAACCCUGGCGAUGACGCUGUCACUGUUCACGCUGGCUUUUAUAUCUUGGCUGUCAGUGUUCUUAUUCAACUCGGGCUACCUGAGUCCAGAAUCAGACUACUUCAACUGCGUCGUCAACAUUCCCGAAGACAUUCGUCGUGUGGACGAGCCCUCGGAAGCGGGCGAGCAGAUGUCGGUUCUGGGAGGCGUCCCCGGUCGACUGUACGGCGCUGCCUCCACGCUCGUGGGGCCAGACGAGAAGUCGGGCAGGAUCAACCCAGCGCUGGAGACUGACGACGAUGACCUGGACGACCCCAACGACGGCCCCACCCCGCUCUUCGGAAAUAGCAGCGCGCCGCCGCCAAUGCAACCCUUCGGGAAACAGACGGCUUUCUGAGACGAUUUAUACUUUUAUUAGUUCGAACGUUUCAGUUUCUUCCACCCCGACACAUCGAAAUCCUGAACUUGUGCUUCGACGACGACACAACAUCGAAGCCGAUCGGGUACAGUAUUACUGAGCUCAAACUAUACAUAUCAAAUAUAUGGACCGCACGGCACCUCCCCGGUGCACACUUUUGUAACGACAUACUCCUAGCACUAACGUUGUUUCAUUUGAGUAUAGCGCGUGGGGAUACGAAGGAAUUAUGGAAUAGAAUUAGUUCUGUAUUAUAAAAUUAAGAGAACUUAUUUUGUAGUCGAUGAUUAUCUAUAUACAUACACACAUAUAUAUAUAUAUAUAUAUAUAUUAUAAUGAAACUCAUACAUAUCAAAAAGUUUAUAACUUAUUAACACUUAUUGUUAGGAAAGAUAUAUGACAUUAUUUACAUUAAAGAGAUUCCUUAUUUAAGUCAAUUAAUGUAGGACGACGAGCACAAAUGUGUAAACGUGCAAGCUUCUAGAACAUACGAGUGUGUGUGAGGCGUUUGCGAAGUCGGAGCACGCGACAAGUUCAAGCGCGAGGAAACGGAGUAGCGAUGAGAACACUGCUCGAGAGGUACAGCGUUGAAAAAAAUGAGAUAAUACUAGUAAGAAAUUGUCGAAAUCUUUUAUGGUAUCUUAAAGGGGGCUUUGAAAUCUCUUUGGUUCAAAUAGUUAUAAUAUUUAAAAUGAAUAUAAGCUACAGUUCUAUUAAGUUCAAUGUACAAUUUAGUUGCUGUUGUCGGUUUUACACGAGCGGAGUUGUUUUUAUAGUUUAUUGAAAUUAAUUAUGACUUGUUGUAAUUACGCGCUGUUUAGACCAAAUAUUUAUAGGUUUAGCGCGCUGGCACUUUUAGUGAACUAAAAUAUUUGAGGUUGCUUCAUAAAAUCAGCUAUUAUUGACCUUAUUUCGGUUCCAGUAAAUAAUUAUAAAGCAAAGAUUAUAAAUAAUGUAUAAAAAAUAUAUUUUUGAUCGAAAAUAUAAAAAAAAAUCUCAAUGUAUUAAAUAUUAAAAUAUUCUGUCUAUACGUGUUUUUAAUCUUGUCUUCUCAGACGUAUCGCUGAUGUUAUGAGCAAACCUUUACACAAGUAUGUAGGUUUAAUGUAUUGGUGUUCAAAAAUACGAUGUAUUGAUGUUUCCCGUCGAGCCGACGUCUGUGUGUUGUUACCUGGCUUUUGAUCUACAGCUGUUAGUGAUGUUACGAAUAUUUACAUUUGAGUAAUUAUAUUUUAUAUUAUAUAUACGAGCAAGUUUGAUGUUCUUAGAAUUUAAAUUAUUGAAAUUAUAUAAAUGAUAUUUGCGACUGUCAGCUGAUUUAAUUAAAGUCAUAUUUGUUGCUAAAUAAGACGAUACAUUAUUAUUACUAUUAGUGAGUCCCUGGGACAUACAAGUAUGCAUUAAAUCAUACCUAAAGGUAUAAGGUAGCAAUUCAUAUAUGAAAAAAAAUGUUUUGUUUUAUAUAAGCAGAUAUAAAUAUGUUAUAUUUUUUUUGCAUAGUAUGCCAACAGUGUUUUAUAUGGAUUCAAUUAAAUUGGCUAGAGCAAGAUCGCCUCGUGACAUCACUGAAAAGUUUUUAUCGUGUUUAAACUUCUCUAUGUAUUGAGGAUCGGAGCUUUUAAUAAAAAUUUAUAUAACGCAUUUCUUAUUUAGAUUGAGAUACAUGUAUAGAUGUACGUAUACCUAUCUAUUGUGAUAUAGUCACCUGCCUGUUAAUACUUCGCGAAGACUCAACCAAAACAUAUCAUUACGUGACUUAUUGUAUUGUGUAAGUGUGAAGUAUAUCGCGUAUGUUAGUGAUCUCGUAACUGAUACAUAUCAAUAUACUUAAGGUAGAUUUUAGAAUAUCGUUGUUGUUCUUCAACGUCGCGUGCUAAUGUCAUUGCAUACACACGUAUCAACAAUUAUACGAUACUGGCUGGUCGUUUGACGAGUACUUUCAUUUGUAAUAAAAAAUCUAAUUUUUGAACUUUAACUCUAUCUAAAUUAUUGACUAAAAGAUAAGAGGUCGUAAUAUAUAUUAACUUGGCGUUUGCUCUACUGUACGCCUUCAUAUUGCAUCUGGCAUGAGAUCUGGCAUGAGACCUGGGAUGUGUCAAGUAUUUUAUUUUAUUAUAUUUCUGAAAAUGAACGAACAAAUCCAUGUCUGUCUGCGAUGACGUUAGGAGGGGCGGGUCCACUGUUAGCCGGUAGUUAUACCUACUAUUGACUUAAUCCUAGUUCUUGUUGAAUAUUGAAUGUAAACGUGUAAUGUUGUGACUCCGCAGCUAUCUCUGCGUAAAUAAAACGUAUAGUAUGUUGAUUGGC